ACUUGAAUUUCUCAUUUAUUUAUUUUAAAAUAAUAAAUCCCUAUCUCGGCCGAAAAGGCAAAAAGCAUUUUUCAAAGGCCUCCUUCUCGGCGUCUCUUCAUUCUCUGCCCCUCCUCCCUCCUUUUUUGCCUCCGAAAUCCGUAAGGUUUAGCCAUGAAAGGUGGGAAAUCCAACGCUAACACCAGCAAGUUCGAUGCUAAGCUGAAGGUAAAUGGUGCAGGCGGUGGCCAAAAAGGGUUGAAGAAGACGGGGAAGGACCCCAACAAGCCCAAGCGGCCUGCAAGUGCUUUCUUCGUUUUCAUGGAGGAAUUUAGGCAGGAGUACAAGGAGAAGCAUCCUAACAACAAAUCUGUUUCUGUUGUGGGAAAGGCUGCUGGAGAUAAGUGGAAAUCUAUGUCAGAGGCUGAGAAAGCUCCUUAUGUAGCAAAAGCAGAGAAAAGAAAGAAUGAAUACAACAAAAACAUGGCUGCUUACAAUAAAAGAAUGGCUGGUGGAGGAAAUGCCGAUGAAGAAUCAGACAAGUCUAAAUCUGAAGUGAAUGAUGAGGAGGAAGAAGAUAAUGAGUAAUUUGAUUGACAGUAGAAGAAGCAAUUGAAUGAUGUAAAACUUCUAUCUAUAUUUAAAUGGUUCCUCUGUUUCAGUAGUUAGUCUAGUUUAGGACAAAAAUGGAGAUCCAGCCUUUCGGAAUCUUCCUGGAGCUCACACGGCCGUGUACUUAAAUCUCCUUAAUUGUUUAUUUUAAGUUUAAUAUAUAUGCUUUUUCUAUCA